AUGAACGAUAUAUUAAAUAUUACUCAAGGACCCAUCUUUGAUAAUAGCAUAUCUAAGUUUGAGUACCAUUGUUACUCACCAUUUCUUCAGUCCUUCAAUCCGAGUGAUGAAAUACGUAUUCCCAUACAACAACAAGACUUAUGUAUAUUACCUAGUGAAAGCUAUAUUUAUGUAGAAGGGAGUCUAACAAAAGCAGAUGGAACUGUUUCAGCAGGAAAAUUAACUAAUAAUGCAAUGGCUUUUCUUUUUGAAGAAAUACAAUAUGAACUGAAUGGAGUAAACAUUGACAACAAUAAAAACGUGGGAAUAACAUCGACCUUAAAAAAUUAUAUUUCUUUAAACGCAAAUGAAAGUAAGAGCUUGGAAAAUGGAUCAUGGACUGGGGGUAGCAGUUUUUCUCUUGCAUCGGGUACUUUUAAUUUUUGUAUAAAAUUAAAAUAUCUGUUAGGAUUUGCUGAAGAUUAUAAAAAGAUCAUAACAAAUGCAAGACAUGAAUUGAUUUUAAUUCGUACUCGAUCGAAUGAGAAUGCUUAUUUUUCUAAAGACAACGAAGAAUUAAAACUUUCGAUUUUUAAACUGCAGUGGAGAGUACCACACAUUACCUUAUCUGAUUCGAAUAAACUUACAUUAUUGAAACAAAUACAAUCAAAUCCAAUUCAAAUUCAUUUUCGAAAUUGGGAAAUGUACGAAUAUCCAACACUACCAACCACCACUGAUCAUGUAUGGACAGUUAAAACUUCAAGUCAGCUUGAGAAACCAAGAUAUAUUACCAUUGCUCUACAAACUGAUAGAAAAAAUCAACGAAAUAAAGAUGCUAGCAUAUUUGAUCAUUGUGAUGUGAGCAAUGUAAAAGUACAUUUAAAUUCCGAAUCUUACCCUCGCGAAGAUUUAAAUGUUAAAUAUAAACUGGAUCGAUAUGCUAUUCUCUAUGAAAUGUAUAGUAAAUUUCAACAAUCGUAUUAUCAACAACAAUCAAAUCCACUUUUAUCGCGACAAGAGUUUAAAGAUAUCGCCCCAAUUCUGGUUAUUGAUUGUUCUCAUCAAAAUGAGUCAAUCAAAACGGGUCCUGUGGAUGUAAAAAUUGAACUUAAAACAUUAACUUCGAUUCCUGCUUCAACAACUAUGUAUUGUUUAAUACUUCAUGAUCGCAUAAUCGAGUACAAUCCAUUGACUGGAGAAGUUAACAAACUUAUUUAA